AUGUCAUCUUCAUCGGGAACACCUAACGCUUCCGGUGAGCUGCAAGGUCUGGACCUAGCUCAGCAGAAAUUUGGUCCUUUGCUUUCCCCUGUCGCUGCAACACCGAGGGCUUGGACCCGAUACGCUCUUAGCCGGGAGCGAACAGUCCAGGUCUAUAACCACAGGACCGUCAUCAAUAUCAAGCCUGGGAAAGAGGACGAGGAAGAAGAUAAGCUGGAAACCCUCCUUUUCCGCGGAAACGAAUCGGGGAUCAUCCGGAGGAAGAUUUCUGCGCGCGUCGAAGAAUUGGAGCGGGAGAUGAAGUUACCUCUUGGAACUUUCGUGACGUGUAUUUCCAUGCUCAACUGCUAUGUCUUGCUCGAGGACUUUCAGGAUCCUCGCGACUGUAACAUCAUCGCGCGCAUAUACAGCCCAAGCACGCCGGCGUGCAUUGAUGUCAGCUUCCGUCACCACUUCCGCGCCCGUGCCUUUGGUCAUGAAUGGAACUAUUCUUUGGGGUAUAAAAUCCACCGUCGACCCGCACCGGAAGCCCCAGACGGGAAAGGGAUCAUCAGGGACCUAAAAGAGAACAACUAUCACCACACGAAGGACGGAUGGAGGACAAUUAGCACGGGCUAUUACGACGAGAAGAACGUCGAGCGUGGAGAAGUCUAUCUGGGGCACGAAGACGUCUUCGACAUCUGUGACUUGCUCCUCGGUCCGAUUGACGAGCCUGACCAGGACGCACCCGAGGACGAGAAGAUAGCAUUCCGGCGCAGGCUCGUGUGGUGCGUCCGAUUGCUCAUGGCCUCCGUUGGUAUCGGGUACAAGAUGGCAUGCGUCGACUCAGAGGAGGACGACGGUGUCAGCACAGAUAUGAGAUGGUUGGUCGAAAACUAUGGCAACUGGUUCGCACGGGGUAUCAGGAAGGCUUGUGGUUUUGAGCUUACUCGGGACGCGGAGGAAGCGCAGCAGUUCCGGGAAUACCAGAAGGAGCAGGAAGAAGAAGCUCGAAGUGGAGGCGGUUUCGACGAUGAAGAUAUGCCUGAUUUCUUUGCUCCGGGCUUUGGUGCUGCUUUGCUGGCGCAGUUGGCAAUGAACGCCAACUUGCAGCGCGAUGCAGGAGGGGUCGACUGAGGUUUCUCAGUAAAAUCGUAUGCUUGGUCUCAUUGUGAAUUACGACCUUGUAGCUUAUAGUAACUGCGAAUAUCUGCACGCUUUUUGCC